AUGGAGGCUCUUAGUGAAUAUAUCUGGGUGCCAAAUCGCAAGAGGAACAAGUUGAGCUGUUCUGGCGAUGAACACCUGCAGAAUGGGAGUGGACAUCAAUCCACACUUACCCUCCUUAGUGACACAAUUGGAAGCCGAUCCCACGCCCCUUUCGACUCCAGUUUCACGUUCGCCUCGCUGCCUAUUCCUUCCAACCCAUCCGACCAUCAUUACAUCUGCAAUAUCUCAAAAUACAUCCCAGCAGGAUGUAUACGGGUGCAACGGAGCGAUUUUGAUAUACCCUUAGACGUUUGGAAGUCAUGCGACUCUUGGCGUGCGUUUUCGCAUCCUCGCGAUGUGCACAAUCCUCGAGCUGGCAAUUUCCUGCUCAAUGCUCUCCAGGAAUCUUUGCUUAGCUCGUUGAUCCUAUCGCCUUACCGCAGUCUUCACCAUAUGGGAUGGAUUCGGAUGGAAUUCCAGACGCAGGACCCGGAUUUAGGACAAGUUCGGGUAUACAUUCUGCCCGACGAUGUAGGGAGGGCUGCAGUCGAUAGGCAGCACGAGGGAAAUCGCCGUGCGAUGCGGCAUUUACUCUCACUGUUGGACAUCUCCAAUAGUACUUGGCAGGGUGACUGGACGGAAGAGGUUGCACCGACUCACGUCGAUAGCUCCCUGGACGACACAUCCAAUGAUAAUGCUUCAUUGUUUUACCUUUUUAACACGCUUCCGUCACCCAAGCCCGACCCCAAUAUCGUUGCUGAUGAGUAUGCGAAGGAUGCGAUGCUUAAGAUAUUGAACAAUGACGUCGAGGAUCUCAAAACCACUAUGCAUGCAUAUCAGCGUCGGUCAGCAGCAUUAAUGCUUCAGCGCGAGGCGCAACCUGACAGGAUUAUUGACCCUAGACUCCGUAGCAUCAAAAGUCAGAAUGGCUCCAUUUGGUAUUGCGAUGUCGAUGCAGGUUCAUGCUUUAUAGAACCCCGAACUUAUGAGGCUGCUAAGGGCGGCAUUUGCGCUGAGACUAUGGGCCUAGGUAAAACAUUGAUCUGCCUGUCCUUGAUUUUAGCAACUCGAGAAUUAUCAUCUCAGAUCCCGGUCGAGCAUUCAGUUGGCACAAUCCCUAUCCGAAAUUCGACCGGUUCUCUAAAGGACAUGUGCGCAGCGACAAUUGGGCGGACUGCAACCCCUUGGAAGGACUACUUUUCAAAGGUCGAGGCUGGCGGUUACGACAUGUCAAACUGUAUCAAUGCGCUUAAGGCAGGGGCUGGGUACUAUUAUCUUCCCGGCCCUGAGCCUAGAAGAGAAUCACGACAUUACGUUGAAGCUGCACCUAUUAAGAUAUGGUUAACCGCCGCGACCCUUGUGGUAGUUCCAUCGAAUCUAGUCGUCCAAUGGCAGUCCGAAAUUAGAAAGCAUACAACGGGUUUGAAGGUACUUGUCAUGGAUAGGCCCAAAUCGAAACUUCCUCCUGCGAGAGAACUCGCCGAGUACGAUAUUAUUCUCUUUAGCAAGCAGCGGUUCGACCAAGAAUCUAAGGAUGGAACUGAUGACCAGGGUCGACGCCGCUCAAGUGCCGUGAUAGUCUGCCAUUGCACCUACAUCGGAGCUACUAGGAUACGUGAUUGUACUUGUUUUCGAGACGAUCGCACAUAUUGUUCGCCACUAAGACAGCUCCAUUUCAAACGAAUGAUUACUGACGAAGGCCAUACGUGGGGUAACUCUUCUCAAAGCUCAAAGACAGAAGCCGUUACAGUGGUCGACUUUCUGCAACUUGACGCUCGGUGGGUGGUCUCUGGCACACCAACCCGAGGUCUAUACGGAGCUGAGGUCAUUAUUGACUCCCAGAGCUCAUCCAAUGCGAACUCCCCUCUCCCAAACCCCAUAGGAGAACCUUUGAGCACCUCACCUACGCCAUCCCAGCUCUCCAACGAACGCAAGGAUCUUGAGAAACUUGGUAAUAUAGCCACGACGUACUUGAAAGCCCGUCCUUGGGCAAAAUCUUCAGAGGACAACGACAAUGCCUCGUGGGUACAGUAUGCUAUGCAGCCGCGACAUGGCUCUAAGAGCCGCGGUAAUAUGGCAUGUCUAAGGGCCACGUUGGAAGGUAUGAUAAUCCGUCACCGACCAGAAGACGUCAUGCUCGACGUCCAGCUCCCCCCACUCUAUCAAGAUAUUGUUCAUCUUGAGGGCUCCAUGCAGGAUAAGCUGUCUCUGAAUUUGUUCUCAAUGAUGAUUACCUCGAACGCUGUUACUUCCGAACGGAAGGAUGCGGACUAUCUGUUCCAUUCCCGCCAACGAGCGGCACUUCAAGAGCUUGUGUCGAACUUGCGCCAAGCGUCUUUCUUCUGGUCUGGCUAUCAACGAGAAGAGGUUGUUACAGCGGUCAAUUUAGCCCAGAAGUUCUUAACGGAGGGGCAGGUACAUGUAAGCAAAGAGGACCAAGUUCGACUAAAGGAUGCUCUUGUAGUGGGCGAAACAUUCUUGUCGAACAACAUCUCUAAUGCAGUGAGCUCACUCCAUGAGAUGCCCAUAUGCGUUCAGAACGACUUCCCAGAAGCAGCCAGGGUUGCUUGGUCAUUGGACAAAGACUCGCGAAACCCAACUUUGAUUGGAGCAACCAUGGUCCACACGGCGCAAAAGUUUCUUAACUCGCAACUGUGGAAGGAGGACCCGAUUAGUGGCAUGGCCGUUGCUGGUGACAAUGCCAUGGCGGAUGCCUACCGUGCCCAGAGUUUUCAAUACGUUGGUCGCCAGAAGAAGAGUAAACAUGAUCACGCAGCUGAGGGAGCGCCCAUCUUGGCCGGUGGCCUUACUGUUGGCGGUGGAUCUGGUCCUAAGACGAAGCCUCGAUUAGCUUCUUCUGCAGGACCUUUGAAGGCUACCGCCUUCCCGCCUGUCAUAGAUCUUGCAACAACUGCCAAGGAUUCGCCUGGUGGCCCAAAGCCCAAAUCUAUUAUGAGAAAUACCGGGCAAAAUACAGCUACUCUAGACCCAUCAUCACCACUAGCCACUGCCAGGAUUGUCUCUACCGGCUCCGCAAAGCUUUCAUAUCUGAUAGACAAAAUUAUGAUACAUCAGUCCAGGGAAAAGAUUCUAAUUUUCUACGAAGCUGACAAUGUAGCAUAUUACAUUGCCCAGGCACUAGAAUGUUUGGGCAUUGAGCAUCUGAUUUACUCAAAGAGCCUCACUCCCGAGCGUCGUGCCCAAUAUGUGGUCACGUUCAAUCAAACCGAACUGUUCAGAGUUCUACUUAUGGAAAUCUCGCAGGCCGCCUUCGGAUUAGACAUGAGCUCUGCAUCCCGUGUCUACUUUGUCAAUCCGGUCUUCUCUCCCCAAGUUGAGGCCCAAGCCGUCAAGCGCGCUCACCGAAUCGGCCAAGUCAGGCCCGUAUACGUUGAAACACUGGUUCUUAACGGCAGCAUCGAAGAAGUCAUCGUUGAGCGCCGAAAAAACAUGAGCAAUGAAGAACAUACAAGUUGUAAGAGUAUUCUUGAUGAUCAGACUAUGUACGACUGGAUUCGUAAUGUGCGAUUCUUACCCAUACUUACUGAUGAUGUGCCUGGUCCGGAGCAAAUGGCCAAACUUGAGACGCCGCAACCUCUUUUCGGAAGGCAGACAGGCUCGUCGUCGGCAAUUCAUGAUCCGGAUGCAAAUAUUAUUGGGGCUUCAAACCAGAGUAAAAAGAAUGGGAAGAGGCGGGUGACGGUGGCUUUCGCUGGGGCUUCAGAUGACGACGAUGUAUCCAGUCAGUAA